CUGUUAAAUUAGUUGAAGAACGGGUCAGUAAAAGACGCGUCAGCUAGCAAAGUCGAGUUCAAGAUCAGUCGAGUUUAAAUGUUUCCAAACGUUCGUGUAAAUUUGAAUUUAAAUUAUUAGUGGUGUUUGUUUGGUAUAAAGGGAAACGAAUUGUUUAGUGGAUGACGGCAGAUGCGGUGAUUGAUUACGUUGAAGAAGUAGAUCAGCUUUCACUCUGUGCUCCAAAAACACUGAACAGUUAGGAAGCCAGCGACCGUGUUCUACUUUAAACCAUGACUCCGAGCCAAAUACAGGAAUUCUACAAAAACCAGACGGUCUUCAUAACCGGAAGCACCGGCUUAUUAGGAAAACUUGUUCUCCGGAAAUUGUUAACGACAUGUGAACCAAAAAAAAUCUACCUCCUUAUAAGACAGCACAAAGAAAAAUCGCCGGAAGAAAGACUUGAGAUGCUCCUAGAGAGCGCUGACUUGAGACGGGAUCAAUCGGAAUUCAAAGGGAAAAUUUUUGUUAUCAAAGGAGACUGCGGUUUACCUGGACUGGGAAUAUCACAGUUUGAUAGAGAGACUCUAAUAAAUGAUACGACCUGCAUUAUUCACAUUGCAGCCACUAUAAAAUUUAACGAGCAUUUACGAUUGGCUGCGUAUGUUAACGUUCGCGCUGUGCAGGAUCUCCUUAAUUUGGCUAAACAAGUUCGUGACUUAAAGGCUAUGGUGCACGUUUCUACAGCUUACUCAAACUGUAACCAAAAAGAUUUAAUAAAAGAACAAUUCUAUGAGCCUGGGAUGACAGCCACCAAGCUCUUGAAAAUUCUGGGGUGCCUGGAUGAUGAAACAGUAACAAACAUCACUCCAGAAGUUCUAGGUUCUUGGCCCAACAGCUACACAUUCACUAAAGCUGUAGCCGAAAACGUCGUCAAAACCGAAGCUCAAAACAUGCCAAUUUGUAUCGUCAGACCGGCGAUUCUGAUGGGCGCCUUCCAAGAACCUGAACCAGGUUGGCUGGAUGCAAUUCAAGGUAUCACUGCCUUUCUUAUGGGGACGUAUCUAGGUUUGAUACAUUGCCACCUAGCCGAUGUUAAACCUAUAUACCUGAUACCAUCUGAUUACACAGCAAAUAUUAUUUUGGCGGCUGCGUGCUACGCAACAGAGAAAACUUCCCCUCCUCCGAUCUACAACUACACAGGUUUUGAGAAAAAUCUGUUAACGAAAAGUAAACUCUACGAGUAUGGGAAACUAUCAACAAAACUCUACCCCAGUGUACACGCUGUUAAUGCAUGCCUCUUGAUUUUUACCAAAAACAAGUACUAUCUUAAGUUCCUCCAGUUCUGGCUUCAUCUCGUACCAGCGUAUAUCGUGGAUCUGAUUUGCUUGUCUCUUGGAAAAAACCGAAGAUUCGUCAAAAUGUACCAAAAAGUACACAGAAUGUGUGACGCACUAGGGUACUUUAAUGUGAAUUUUUGGAAAUAUGAAACGACUAAUUGCGAAACGUUGUGGAAAGCCCUGGAGGAAAAAGAUCGCGAGUUGUUUCCGUUCAACAUGGAGAACUUGGAGUGGUGGGAUUUUUUCGGAAAAUGUGUAAUAUAUGCAAGGAUUAAUUUCUUGAAAGAUCCGAUGCACACUUUACCUCAAGCCAAACGAAAGCAAAAAUUCAUUGCAUUCUUUUAUUAUUGUAUUGCUUUUGUACUGGUGUGUGUCCUGUGGCGCUUAUUUUGAAUUGUACAAACUGUUUUUUUUUUAUUAUUUAUUUAUUUAUGCAAAUUUUAUUAAAUUAUACGUUUGUUCUUGCCACUUGUGUAUUAUAAUAACUAUAUAAUAAUGUUAAGUUCGAACGAAUUUAUACGACUGCUCACAAUUCCGACGCAACUGGAGGGAUCGCGAACGCCGCUUCUAGGUUUUUCUGAACUCCGCAAUCGAGACUUCCAGUAACCGGCUACAGACUUGCCUUUAAGACAACGCCUGCCGGUCGCGUCACCGGUGAGGAAUCACCCAUCAUCGCCGCACAUACUAGAAAACCCAUACCCGUCGUACCGGGUCGGCGUAUGGGUUUCUUUCGUAACACUGCCCCCCCCCCUAGUUCUGAUGGUCCCUGUGUACUUAACAGUUUAGAUAUUUUUUAUAUUAUUAAGACCCACCACUGACCCGGAAAUGACCGGCAUUCAGGCAAGACUUCUAUCAUUACGGGUACUAAGACCAAGUAAUGAUAUGCAUUGAUUAAAUUAACAGAACAACUUUCGAGAUUCUAGAAUUACAGCAUACAAAUUAGUCUGCUAUUAUUCUCUAAUCUCACCCCAUCCCCAAAAGUCUAGCGUAACUACCGACCAUUUAUCCGCGCACCACUUGGAAAGUGACCUACACUACUCUGACCUACUGGUGCUAAUCUAAUCUGACUGACAUGAUCAGACUGUUCAAGAAACUUACGAACAAUAUGACAUGUUCCUAACAAAACAGCUUUUUGAAUUUUGAUAAUUAUUGAAUCAUUCAAAUGCAAAGAUUUUAAAUUCUCAACUAAGCUAUUUAGAACUACACCUACAUUAGAGAUAACUAGGGGUAGAAUUGAAUUUUUUUUAAGAUUCAACAUGGAUUUCAUUUCUAUCGAUAAUUGUAGAUAUUUUGAAAUCUUGGUGUGGUAUGUUUGAAUAAUGUUGUUUGUGUUAGGAACAGCAAUGUCAAUGAGAAUGGCUUCGUUCGUGUGUUUUUUGAUAAGUAUGAUGUCUGGUCUGUUAGCUGUAAUGUUUACGUCUGUAAGUAUUGUGCGAUCUCAGUAUAAUUUGUAUUUGUUAUUUUCAAGGAACGGAGAUGGAAUGUAAGUCUAAUAGGGUGUCGUAUCUUCGAUUAAGUUCAUAAGUGUUGCUAAUUCUUUGUGGAUGAUUUUGGCGACGUUGUCGUGUCUAGCUUUGUAGUCAGUUUGUGCUAGGAUGCUACAGGAAGAGAUUAUGUGCUGGAUCGUUUCAGGUUUUGCUUUGCAGAGGCGACAGCAGUCGUUUCUUAUGUUCGGAUCUUUGAUGAUGUAUUUUCUGUAAUUCUUGGUAUUGAUUACUUGGUCUUGAAUAGCAAACACAAAUCCUUCUGUUUCGGCAUACAAACUUGAUUUUUUUAACCAAAUCAAUGACAUUUUCUUAUUGACAUGAGUUUCUUCUAAGUCUUUGUAGAAUUUUCCAUGUAGUUGUUUUUGUUUUAGCCCACUUAUUAUUUUGUCUAUUGUGUGGGAGGUGUGGAUUUCUUCGGUGUUCGACAGAUGUAAGGGUGUGUAGUUCAAAUCUGCUCUUGUGAUGGUGCGAAACAUUUCAUUUCUUUCCGCUCGUUUCAGGAAAUACUUCUUCAAAUCUGAGAUUUGUCUCUGAUAUAAGUUUUCUAGGUUCUGGAAACCCCUUCCUCCAUUCUGUCUUGGUAAUGAGAAUCUUUCAAUCGACGAUUUUGGAUGAUGCCUUCUAUACUGUGUGAAGAUUUUCCUUGUUGCGAUGUUUAAAUUUUCAAGAUCAGUUUUGGACCAUUUAAUGACUCCAAAAGAAUAUGUUAGCAGUGGAACGCAGAAUGUAUUCACUGCUUUCAUUAAUUUUUUUCCAUUUAACUGUGUCUUCAAUAUUAAUUUUAAUCUCGCUAGGUAUUGAUCUUUCAACUGUGUUUUCGUUUUGGUAUGAUUGAUGUGGGAGGAUUGACAGAAACCCAGAUAUUUGUAUGUAUCAUUUCGUUCUCGGGCUUCGAUUAUUUCGUUAUUCUGGGUUAUAUGUGGUACUUGAUGUUGGACGCCUUUGCUGAUUGCUUGGGUCUUACAUUUCUCAAUACCAAAAGACAUACCAAUAUCACCGGAAAAUUGUUCAGUCAGAUUUAAUAGGUUUGUUAACUGAUUUUGUGUACUUGCAUAUAUUUUUAUGUCAUCCAUAUAUAGCAAGUGACUUAUUCUGUUUUCUCUUUGUUAGUUAAUUCUUAUAUUGAACCCAUAAUUGCAGCUGUUCAGGAUAUCGGAGAGGGGAUUUAUUGCUAAGCAGAACCAUAACGGGCUAAGAGAAUCGCCUUGAAAAAUUCCUCUUCGGAUCAUUAUUGGGUCUGGCUGAAUUGUUUGUUCAUUUAAGGUUAUUUGGAGGGUGGUCUUCCAAAAUUCAAUGGAAAAUUUGAGAAAAGUGCAGAUUUUAGUAUCAAUUUUGUAUAAUUCCAGAAUUUUGCAUAGCCAGGAAUGAGGGACAGAAUCGUAAGCUUUCUUAUAAUCAAUGAAAGCAGUAUAUAUGUUUCGGUUUU